AUGGAAUCACAUAAUCUACUAGAAGGAAAUGACUUUAUCAAACUCCAACAAAAAGCAAAAGAACUGGGCGCCAAAUAUCUUGAGUAUUCUAAACGAAAAAACUCAAAAUAUGUAGUUACUCUUUCCAGUGGAAAGAAGAUACAUUUUGGUUCCCCCCUUUAUUAAGACUUUCUCAUCCAUCGAAACACAGACCCACGAAAAAACUAUCUCAAAAGAGCGACAAAGAUACGAAACAAAAAAGGAGAGUUUACCCAUACCAAUCCAGAAUCACCUAACUUUUGGGCUGUAAAUCUUCUUUGGUAAAAAAGACUUAAAGAUUUUAUUUAUCUAAUAAAAUGCAACUAACUAGUAUCCAAAGUUUAUCUCCAGAAGAUUAAUAUUUAACGAAGCAAAAGAGUAUAAUGUCAAAGAUUCGAAAAUUAAAUACAAACGUAUUCCUAUCGAAACAGUGUACCCUGAUGGAAAGAAAGGACCACUAGUUACUGAAACUCCGUUUCUUUUUUCUUUUGGGGUAAAUGAAAAGAAAGACCAAAAUACAAACAAGUUAGUAGGUUAUAGCAUUCCAGUUUGCUUAUGGGAAAAAGAUUCCAGCCCAAAUUUGAAGGAAGAACAAUUUUAUAGAUUUUUAUGCAAACUUACAGAAAUUUGUCAAAAAUAUUUAGAAGAAGAAUAUGGGCCUGAUCUUGCUUCUUCUUUAUCUGAACCAUUAUACUAUAAACAGAUUGAAUAUACAGACAAAAAAGGCAAAAAGAAAACAAAGAGAGACACCUCAGCUGCACCAGUUCUUUAUGCAAAACUUGUUUACUCGGGCAAACUAAAAAAAAUUCUUUCACUUUUUCAUGUGAAAGGAAAGAAAAAAGUUAAUCCUUUUAAUUAUCUUAACCAGUAUUGUAAUGUCAAAAUGGCUUUGAUUAUUGAAGGAAUAUUUAUUAGCAAAACUGUUACAUCAUUACAAAUUAAAGUACACGAGUGUUAUAUUAAAGAAUUAAAACCAAGAGAGUCUUUGUUAACAAUUGAAGAGGAAAGCGAAGCGGAUGAAGUAAGUGAUAGCGAAGCGAGCGAAGCAAGUGAUACUGAGGAGAAUAUUGAAGAUAAAGAAGUAACUGAGUAA